UGUAAGGUCACUCUACAAUUUUUUGGGUAUGGUCAAACAUUAUGUCAUAUUAUAAAUAUUAAAAGAGCAUUCUCUGUCAUAUGUUCUUUUUGGGUCUGUCAUUGGAAUUACUAGAGUUGAAGCUGGUUAUCUUUGGCGUUCUUUUAGCGCAAAAGGUUUUCCUUGUUGGGAAUCAACCUCCCUAGUUCUAGUUGCCAGUUGUUUGCCUAUCAAUAUCAAUCUCAAAUAGCUAAAUGAAUUACAUGCACCAAAAGAAGUGUUGUUUUCGUUCUCUCGAAUACAUUAUUUGAGUGAUUGAUAUGAAAAAGAAGUGUUAUAUUUAUCACUAAUGACCAAGUAUUUUUGCGAUUUAUGUUAGGUUGAGUGAUAACAGUAGGGAUGAUAGAUUCCACAUUGAUGCUUUGACAUACCAAUUUUGGUUUUAAAAGAAGACAAAUGUUGGGGGGAAAUGGGGAGAAAGGAGAGAGAUGUAAAGGCACACAACUAAGAGACAAGAAAGGAAAAUCUUGAGAAAUCUCAUGUUAUCGGGUGUGGCACACUUUCACUUCCGAAUCAAGCUCAAGAAGGAAAAAAAAAACCUCCAUUUUUAGCUGCUAUUUAUGCCAUAAAACACCGUGGCGCUGCUAUCCUUCCCUGCAAUUUGCCAUGGCCACUUUUGAUAAGAUUGAUUUUGGCUUGAAUUAUUUAUACCUACAGGCCAACUCCUAAUAUUGUGUUUUAAGAAUCUUAUAUUUUUCAUUUUAUGCUGUUUCUGGUACAGGGGUUACAGCUUCUUUUGGAUGGUGUACUUAAUUAUUUGCCGUGUCCAAUUGAAGCAAGUAAUUAUGCGCUCGACCAAUAUAAGAGGGAGGAAAAGGUUCGUCGUUUGCUUGGAAGACAUAAUGAAAGGCACACACUUGUGGCAUCGGCUUUCACAUUGAAGAAGUAUAGUGGUCAUAUGACAUAUCUAAGAAUAUAUGAGGGUGUCCUUCGGAAGGGAGAUUUUAUUACUGACGUUGACACUAGCAGGAAGUUCGAGGUUCGUGGUUUGUUUGGGUUGUAUAAUGAUGAGGUGAUUCUAGAGGCUCAUGUUGGAGAAAUGGUUGGUGUAAUCCAUUCUGAACCAGCUGCAGGAAAAGGUGAAUUCUCAGCAGAAUGCAAGGGUUUAAGGAAAUAUACCAGCAUCCCACGAUGUUUGAAUGUAACUAUUGGAAAAGGGAAUCUUGCAUACACAAAGCUACGAGUUAUGAAUAUAAAAUUCGCUGAUUUCAUAAUUUAAAGGAACAUCUCACAAAAAUCAAGGACUUCUUGAUCUCUCUUUGGCAACCACAAUUUUGAUAAGGGCUAGGGUUCUUGUGAGCCUUCAAACACCACUAAUCAUAGUUUCAUCUCAUCUAUUGAUUUGCUACUUCAUAUCGUUUAUUGAGUAUUAGAAACCUUAACACAUCCUUUGGAUCUUGAGUUGAGUCUCUUUUCUCACGCAAGUGUCCAUUGACAAUUGAUUAAAGUUUAACACGUUAUUAUUCUAAUA